GUGGGCCUGACACCGCCUUUGUCAGCGGUACUGAGUAGAACACAAGCGAGACAAGCGAAUACUUCCCGCGCCCGUUCUUGUCGCGUAGACGUGCCUACAGCGUGUGACCAAGUCUCCAAAAUAUCCGCGGCCGCUCAGGUGAUACCAGAUCUGUCUACAUCGUGAUAAAGUAUACAUCAUCAAGGCUUUUAAUAGCGCUAAUCGGCUGUACAGUUGUAAUCACUUUGUAGCUGCCUGUGAUGUAUUGUUGAAGUGUUUACUCGUGCUGAUAAGGGGAUUUAAGCAGUCCAGUUUGAAGCGCGGCGCUCUCCAACUCGCGUAGGCGGUUUUACAGCUCGUCUACUCCGCGGACUUGGGAGCAUUUCGACAGCUCAUCUGAAUACUCUUUCCAGUCGGUUGUAACAUUCUAUCUGUAUCCAGAACAGACGACAGCGUGUCAAGACUACUGGUGACUAGUAAGAGAAGCGCCUUCUGUGAUCCACCAGUGACAUGAUCUGGCGUUACUAGGCGAGGCUGGAGUCACUGAUUACAGACUGGUUGCCAAGGAGUUAGUGACAUUUUAAUGGCGAUAUUUGUGCGGCCAGUCCUCCUUUGUUGAUGCAUCAUUACACAUCUAUUCUGGAAUCUGGCGACAGACAUCUGAUCAGCUCUCCGUGUACGUCCAGCGUACUUAUCGUAACUUUGGAGACCGAUCCCUUCGGCACGAUGGAACGGAGCGCCCGAGGAACCAGGAGCAAGGCUCCGGCAAAAGUCUGGUUCCACAUCUUCGUCAAACUUCCCCGUGGUUUGAUGACAUCGCUGAGAGUUCAUGCAGACAUGACUGUAGGAGAGGUACAAGGCAUGGUGGAGGAAGCUAGCGGCAUCCCGUGCGACGUUCAGAAGGUGACGACUUCGCAGAACAGCGGUCCUGACAAGGAGCUUCUCCUGGGCCAGCUCGGGCUCCGGGCGGGCUCCACCGUCAGCGUGUGUCCGGACGAUCGGUGGCGGGAUGUGUUCGGCGCGGCUAUGGUGGGGGACUACCGGCUGGUCCGUCGGUGUCUGGACGGGGUGGCGGAGGGAGAGACGCGGACGAACGGACGGUUCUGCGCGAUGUUCCUGGCCGCACACCGCGGACACCUGGAUCUGCUGCAGAAGCUGUUAGCGGAUGGACAGGACGUCAACAGGAAGACCACAGGGGGACGCAGCGCGCUUCUCAUCGCCCAUGCCCGCGGCCACAGUCAGUGCGUCGACGUCCUGUUGGACCAGGGGGCGGACUCAUCAGAUCUUCCCAGCGGUCAGGUUCAGCGAGCCAGCGAAGUAGCUCCCGUGGAAGACAAGCAACAGCGCGCCGAGGAGCCGCCGACCUUCAAUCGGCCGUCAAGUAGCUCCACCGUCGGGACACAGGAUGAAACUGUAACGGGCGACAUCUGCAAAGGGAAAUCCCAGACAAACGAUUCGGACGCACACGAGUCCUCGUCGAACGGUCCGUCCAAUGUCGAUUUAAUAGCGCCCCCUAACGGAAGUAACAGCCAAUCUACAGCCGACUCAAAACGUCAGAACUCCCCAAAAGAAGAAAACGUCGACUCUCUGCAGGAAGUAAGAGGCAAAAUUGACAACGAUGACGACUUUGAUAGAGAAGAUAAUGGUCAUACGGACAAGGUGGACAGACAGAAGCAGUUGUCCAGGGCCCGCAGUGCUGGUCGGAGAAGCUCCGCCCCUGUGGUCAGUCUGGUCAACAGGCCAAGCAGUGCACUUGUUGGGCGGGUGAAGACGUGGGGAGGCACGCCGCAGCCCCGGGUCGCGAACCUCCGCCGGGGGAGUGAAUCCAGCGAAGCAGACGACAGUUUGGCGCCGUUACCAGGUGUGACACCCAGGCGCCACCAUCCCACCACCAUCACAGCCGAUGCAGCCAGCAUCCUCAAGUCCAUGAGUUCAAGAGAGGAAGUAGAACCGAUUGCUCCUCCCAACAGUCCCCGACACGCUUUUAUCGGCUUAGACCCCGCCUGCCCUCCGGCGCGACCCCGGCCGUCUCUCUCGGGCCGCCGCCUCACUGGGCUCCGCAGAGUCAGCCUUCCUGCGGCGAUGCCCAGCGGGGCAAAGUUACCGACCACUCCCUCACACAACCAGAAGAAAACCUUCGAUGAAUGGCUGGAGGAAGUGGAGGAGAGAAAGAAGUUGGAAGAAGAACAGAAAACAUGGGACCGUCUACAGGAGAUGCACGAACAGGCCCUCCGCGAGGACGCCAAGUACAAGAAGAGGUUGAGCUUCGAUGACUGGAACAAACAAAAGGAACUCGAGAAAAUACACAAGAUUGAGGAGCAGGAGGAAGAUAAGGACAGAAGUCAUCAGAAGGAGAGGCGGCAGAAGAUAUCUGCGGAGGAGUACCAGAAGUGGGUACUGAGAAAGGAACAGGAAGAACUGGAGAAGGAGAGACAGAAACAGAAGGAGGCGGAGAAGGACUACCAGAGGUGGCUGAAGUUAAAGGAAGAGCUGCAGGAAGUAGAGAAGAAGCUCGGAAGGGUGUCGCUGAGGCCGAAGAGUACACAAAGACGAAUGUCCCUGCAGUACGCCGCCAGGAGCUAGAGGCACA